CUGACAGCAGCUAAAUCUAACUGGAGUUUUGGCCGUAUUGACUCGCAUUUCACGGGCUGAGUAUAAAUUACAAUGACUUUUUAUUGAAAAGGCGGGACUUCAUAUCUGUAAAGUAUGUUCAGCUUUCCGAUGAACAGUUGACAGACGUGUAGGAGAACCUGUACAUCGCAUUUAGUCAACUGCUGUGGAGUAAAAUCUCUGGGACAUGAUCUGAUCAGUAAAGACCGGAUUCAUUCAUUUGAUGUUUUCUGUCUGGAAAACUGUCAAGACUGUGGAGAGCACACUGGAUAUGGCGAUUGACAGGCAGAUGAUCUGAAAUGGCCUCCACUAAUGGCUUCAAGAAGGAAUUAAUAUCAUUCUUUCACACCGGUGACCUGCACUUACCGCAACUUUGUCAAAACACAUUCAAGAGCCCCUGUAACACAAUCAGACAAAAAGAAACAAAUAAAUGAAAUUAGAGCAGCCUAAGGAAGCAGAGUCAAAGCUGGUACGGAUGCCGGCCUCUUCUCCCCAUUAAAGUUCAGUGUUACCACAGAGGCAGUCUGCCUCGUCACCCUCUGCCUGCUUAUAAUUUAUCAGACUCCAUUUAAUGAGGCAUCAGAAGAAAGGCGCAACCAUGUACUUGCUGCUAGUGUUUGUACUACAGGCCCUGUGGGUGAGUUGGUGUCAUGCCACGCAGCAUUACCCGGCCUCAUGGGGGCACUAUGAUGUUUGCAAGUCCCAGGUAUACGCGGAGGACCGCCUGGCCUGGCAUUACAUGGCCUGCCAGCCUGAAGCCACUGAUAUGACCAAAUACCUGAGAGUGUCUCUGGACCCACCCAACAUUACCUGUGGAGACCCACCUGAGAUGUACUGUGCCCUGGAAAACCCAUAUAUGUGUAAUAAUGAAUGUGAUGCUGAAACCGAGGAGCUGGCCCACCCGCCCGAGCUCAUGUUUGACUCUGAAGGACGAAACCCCACUACAUUCUGGCAGUCGACCUCCUGGAAAAAAUAUCCGAAGCCCCUUCAGGUCAACAUCACGCUGUCCUGGAACAAAACAAUAGAACUCACAGAUGACAUUGUCCUUACCUUCGAGUCUGGCCGACCUGAGCAAUUAGUCUUGGAGAAGUCGCUGGAUUACGGUCGUACGUGGCAGCCGUACCAGUUUUAUGCAGCUGACUGUUUGGAUGCCUUUACUAUGGAGCCAAAAGCUGUACAUCAGCUGACCCAAAGCAGUAUGCUAGAAAUCAUCUGCACUGAGGUCUAUUCAACAGGCUACGUGUGGAAGUACGACAAAACUGUACGCUUUGAGAUCAAAGACCGCUUCGCCCUUCUUGCUGGUCCGAGACUGCACAACAUGGCUUCGCUGUAUGGGCAGCUGGACACCACCAAGAACCUAAGGGAUUUCUUCACCCUCACUGACCUUCGCAUCAGACUUCUACGGCCUGCCACCGGAGCCACAAUGGUAGAUGAGAACAACCUCUCUAGAUACUUCUACGCCAUCUCGGACAUCAAAGUGCAGGGCAGGUGCAAGUGCAAUCUCCAUGCCAACAGCUGUGUUUUUGACAAAGGGAAGCUGGGCUGCGAGUGUGAACACAACACCACGGGGCCGGAUUGUGCACGCUGCAAGAGACACUUCCUGGGCCGAGCCUGGAGCAUGGGCUCCUACCUGCCCAUCCCCAAGGGUACUGCCAAUAUCUGUAUCCCAAACAAUCUUGGCACCUCUGUUCGGCCAAAUGCUUCUUCACUUGGAGUUGCAAACCGAAAUCAAGCUCGAGUGUGUGACAACAUUCUCCUGCGCUGUCAGAACGGCGGUGUGUGUCACCACCACCAGCGCUGCCAGUGUCCGGCAGGUUUCAGCGGCAUACUGUGCGAGAAGGCCCAAUGCCAGGGUGACUCUUGCGAUGAGCUGCAAUCCAGCCAGACGGCCCUCCGCCCCCCACCCGCGGCCCAGACUCUCCCGCUGGCUCUUCUAUCUCUCAUCCCCUCCCUGCUGGCCACCCGGGGCCUUACAUCACUCUGAGGGGAACGCGUUCGCCCCAAAGACAUUCCCAACAGGGGCUCUAAUCCUGAGUUUCUGUCAGAGGACACACGACGGCUGAAAAGAAAUGCUCCCUUGAUGCGGCAGAAAAAAACAAAACUCCUUUUUAGGAAACCACAAGGUUUUCUACUCAGUAUUAUGUCAAUUAAAGUUUGCCGGAGAUGAUGGAUAAACUGAAGGAAAAAAUCUAGAGAAACUGCAAGAGAGAGAAAAAAACAAGAACAACAGCACACAAUCGCUGACACUAAUGACUCUUUGUCUUUUUUGAAAAUGUUAGGAUGAAAUCAAAUACACUGUUACAUUGCUCUGAAGCCAUCCGUCAGAUUAAGACUUCAUCUCAAACCCAAGAGCACAGAGACACUGCAAUACGAUCUGUUUGGAGACGAAUCAUUGAUGUGAGGAUGAAUCAAGAUGAACUCGUAGACUGCCACCGAAAUUUACGCACACGCUACCACGACUGGUUGUCAAACUUCUCACACUUUACCUUUUCCUGACCCUCUCUCUUCUUCCUGUAACUAUGUGAAGUCAUGUAAAACACCCCUGAUGUUUGUCACACAAAAAAAAAGUAUCCUGUUUAUCAGAAAUGAUCAAAUAUACAGUACAGUAACAUGAGAGACAACUGUUGAAAUUUUGUACUGGGGUAUUUUCAUGACAAUGAGAAUUUGAACAAGAAGA